AUGGCUGACAAAAAGAAAAAAAUUAUCAACACUAAGGACACACUACCAAGAAGACCAGUUAUUUUGAAAUCUGAUCGUGAUGCGUCUAAAGAUCUUAGUAAAGGAAAUCAAGAAAAGGAAAAGCAACCUACUAUAAUAUUAAAAACUCGAGAACAGAGCACCCCUAAAGAAGACAGACCGAUAAGUCCGAAAUCACAAACGAUAGAUGCAGAUGGCAUUUAUCCAUCUAAGAUCGCUCAAAAUGAAAAUAAAGAGAAAAAAGAGCAAAAAUGUCCAGUGAAAGAAAUGUCACAACCAGUAAAAUUGUUGGAUGAAAAUUUGGAAUUUAAUGCUGCAGCUGUUGAGUUCCUUAAUGAUUCCAAUAAUAACUAUUUAGUUGUUGGAGUUAUGGGUACUCAAAGUGUGGGGAAAUCAAUGAUUCUUAAUCUGAUUGCUCGAAACAAACAAGAUGAUGAUUUAUGUCAUAAAAUACUCCAUAGUCAUGAAGUUCCCACCCAACAUAGCACAGAAACAAAUGAAAUGUCUAAUGAAAAUCAAUUUGAAAAUAUCAGUCUCACUGAAACUACAGAUGUUAAGGAAGAUGACAAAAACUCAUUGAAAUUUAAAAUGCAAGACAUUGAAUGUAUUGAAAAAGGUGUUCAUUGCACUAAAGGUAUAGAUAUGUUUGUAACUAAUGACAGAAUUAUACUGCUUGAUUGUCAACCUCUUUGGUCGCCAUCAUUAAUUGAGGAGACGAGCACAAACCCAGUAACUGCCAGGAGCGCCAACAUUAUGACAGUCGAUUGUUUACAAAUUGCUUCAUAUUUGAUGGCUGUAUGUCAUGUUCUCAUUGCCAUACAGGAUUGGUUUACUGAUUAUAACUUUAUAAGAUACAUACAAACAGCAGAGAUGCUUAAACCGUCACUUUCUGCCUCGAAUAAUGUAAAUACAAAUCAGGAGGUGGAAACGAGUUCUGGAGAAAGUCAUCCCCACUUACUACUAUUACACAAUAGAUGCACUUUAGAAGAUUUCACUCCUGAAAGUGUGAUGACUAUGCAGAACUUUUAUAGGAAAGCUUUCCAGAGAUCAAACUUACAACUAAACUCUGGCAUGUAUAUGUACAGUGACCCGAAUAAGAAUGGGAUAAAUAUUGACAAUGUUUGUAAAACAUAUAACAUAACUAACUGUGGACAUCCUAUCAAUUUGUUCUUAUUGCCAGAAAUAUAUAGUGAUUAUGAUAAAAAGGACAUAUACCGUGGACAUCCCUCUUUCGAGGAACUCGCUAAUCGUCUUAAAUGGAUGAUAGCUGGUGUUAAUAGACAUCAAAUAACGAACGUGCCGAAUUUAUCGGAGAGAGGAUGGUUUCAUUUCUGCAACAAAGCCUGGGAGACUAUACGGAAAUGUACCUUCUUUAUGGAAUAUGAACGAUUUUUACCUUAA